AUUCCCCUUUCCCGAUCUGCGCACAACUCUGAAGGAGCCUCCGAGUUUACACUCCGUCACCGACAUCGCCAACGCGAAAGUAACCGACUGGUUAAAAUAUAAAUGACGGAGAAACCGCCCUCGUCCGGUGCGGACUCGAUCGCCUCCCCUUCCGUUACGAUGGGCGACUUGGAGAAGCAGCCACACACCCCUCCCGGCGAUAGCCAUGCGCCAUACCUCGACCCUUCCGUGAUGGAAGAAGACUACGAGGGCAAGCCGACCGAGGAGGAAUUGAGCGUUUUGCGUCGUGUGCCUGGCUCGAUUCCCGUUCUCGCCUACCUCAUUUGCGUAGUCGAGUUCUGCGAGCGAGCAUCGUACUACGGCGUACAACCUCUAAUUAGCAACUACGUCAACCGGCCGUUUCCUACGGACGGAAACGGCUGGGGUGCCCCGCGCGCCGGCAGCCAAGACACCGCUGGUGCCCUCGGUAUGGGAACUGUUGUUGCCAAUGCUGUGACGCAGUCCUUCAGCAUGCUUGCUUACGCCCUGCCUCUACUGUUCGGCUGGAUGGCCGACGCAAAGACGGGCCGCUUCAAGCUCAUUUGCUGGGGCGUUGGUGUCUUCGGCAUUGCCCAUGUUCUCAUGGUCGCCGCCGGUUCCAAGGACCUUUUGGCCAACGGAACGGCCAAGGCUCCCUACUUCAUCUCGGUCUACGUCCUCUCCAUCGGUGCCGCCAUGUUCAAGCCAAACGUCUCGCCCCUGCUACUCGACCAGGUCACAACCACCGUGCCCAAGGUGAUCACGCUCAAAACUGGCGAGCGGGUCAUUGAAGACCCCGAGUCCACCACGGAGCGCGUCAUGCUCUGGUUCUACCUCAUGAUUAACAUCGGCGGUUUCAUGGGUGUGGCUACGGCGUACUCGGAGAAAUAUGUCGGCUGGUGGCUCGCUUUCGUGAUCCCCCUCAUCCUAUACCUUCCCCUUCCGCUCCUGCUCUGGUUCCUGCACAAGCGCAUCGUCCUCCACCCUCCUGGCGGUAGUGAUCUGCCCAACGUCUUCAAGAUCCUCGGCAUAUGCUUUCGCCGUGGAGGCAUCAAGAGGGUCGGCCGCCAUGGUUUCUGGGACCUUGCUAAGCCCUCCGACAUUGCUGCUGCGGGACUUACCAGCACCUACCCGACACCGUGGAACGACGAAUUCGUCGAGGAUGUCCGCCGGACCUUCCAAGCAACGGGCAUCUUCUGCUUCUUCCCGAUCCAGUAUCUCAACGAUAAUGGUAUUGGUGCCGCGGCCAGCUUCCUGACAACCAUGCUGGAGACCAACGGUGUGCCCAACGACGUCAUUUCCAACUUCAACUCGCUCAGUAUCAUCGCAUUCGCGCCCAUUCUGAACUAUGGCCUGUACCCGUUUCUGCGGAAGUUCAAUUUCCAUUAUGGCCCCGUCGCGCGCAUCACUACCGGCCUGGCCAUGUCUAGCCUCGGAGGCGUCGGUUACACCCUUAUAAAUUAUUACGCGUACCAACAAUCUCCGUGCGGAGAGUACGGUUCGAGCGACUGCAAGAAGGGCAGUGGCGUUGCCCCCAUCAGCAUCUGGUGGAUGGCCAUUCCUUACGCCAUCGGCGGCAUCUCGGAACUGUUCGUUAACGUCCCAGCAUACGGCUUGGCUUACUCCCGUGCCCCCGUCAACAUGCGUGGUCUUGUAUCAGCCCUCAACCUGUUCAACACGGCCAUUGCAUACGCUAUUGGCCUGGCCUGUUCGUCCGUCAUCACAGACCCGUAUUUGUUGUGGGACUUUGGUGGCACCGCCAUUGCAGGCGGCAUCAUGACCAUCGUUUUCUACGUUACCUUCCGGCACAUCGACAACGAGGAGUAUGUCGUAACCACGAACAAGCCGGAUACGGACUACCACCUGGAAUUGGAAGGUACCCGCAACGUCGUUGGCGAGAACCAGUUCAACAAGAGCAUCAACAGGCCGGCACCGAUCGCAGAAAACGAGGAAAUGAUGAUGUCACCGAAACAGUAAGGGGAUUGACUAUGAAGUGAUGGGAUCGCGUAUGGAGUUCGGCGUUUCGAGUUUUCUUAGCAGCCCUCUGACACGAGGUGGAGAGA